AUGGAACCAGAAACUGUUCUAAAUCUCUUCGAUUCCAGGUGGUUCCACCUCGGGAUCAUCGGAAAUCCACCGGAAACCUCAAUCUCAGCCGCGCCGCCACCAUUCCCCCAAAUAUCAAAUCAAAAGGUUUCGCGCCAAAUUUCGUCUCUCGCGAGAUCGAAGAGCGACGAGCUGUCGAGUCUCACAGCACGGAACCCCUCUCCCGAUUCAGUCCUCAAAACCCCCCACCUCCAGACCAUUUUCUCCGACAGGGAGUUCUCAAUUUCAUCGGAAACUCCGAGGAUUCCGGUGGCGAGGAAAUCCGGCGUCGACGGAAGGAGGAAGAAGCGGCUGAGCAAGAGCAUGUCGGAGCUGGAAUUCGAAGAGGUGAAGGGAUUCAUCGACAUUGGGUUCGUUUUUUCGGAGGAAGACAAGGUGGAUUCGGCCCUGGUUGAAAUCAUUCCAGGUCUGCAGAAAUUAGGGCAGAAAAUUGAAUCGCGUGAUAGGGAAAUUGAGGAAGCUUCUAGAAUGAGGGCGAAGCCGUAUCUAUCGGAAGCGUGGGAGUUUUACGAAGAGGAAAGAUUGAUGAAAUGGAGGGUUCCUUCUUCUGCAACUAGUGAGAUGGAAAUCAAAGAUAAUCUCAAAUCUUGGGCCCACACAGUGGCUUCUGCUGUUAGAUGA